UAAAGUCAUCAUGAAAGCUUGCAUUCAUUAGUUUCUUCCGAAGUUGUCUUCCUUAGGCCAAGAGAAUGUCUUACUCAUGGGGAGAAAGAAGUAGUAGUGGUAUAUCUCCUGGAAGCUCUUCUGCCUACGAAGACGCCUACGGGAUAGGGCAGCAAGCGCUCGAAUCCGCUCCUGGAUCUUAUGGUAGCCGUAGAGCUGGAGAAUACUUUGGUGACUCGUCUUUCUUCACUCAAAGCCAAUCCACCGAUCACAGCGGUCCAUUGUGUGUUUAUCCGACAACUCAGAUCCACCAGAGUAUACACAGAAACCCUGUAAUGUCUGCUCAAGUACAAAGAGAUAAUUUGAUUCAAGAAAGAGAAGCUAUACUAAAAGAGCAGGGUCACUUUCGAAGUACACAGCGUUAUUAUGUGGAAGAAAUCACUAAAGCUGUAGCUGAACAACAGAAGUUUGGACCACAUUCUCCUGAAUUUCAAAAUGUUCAGCGUAUUAUUACUGAAAUAAUGCAACAGAUGUAUGAUCAAAUUGGCACUCCAGAAGAUGCUAAGCGUUCUGAACAGAUAUGGAAUGAACGACUUUUUAAAAUUGAGGAACGUCUUAAAAUGUAUCAAAAUUCUCACUUAUCUUCAUCACCUGAUAGUCAAAUAUCUGGAAUAGCUAAUUCCUCAUCGCAGUGGAGUAGUCCUGUCGAAUCAGUUGCAUCAUAUCCAGAGUCUCAAGUACCAGUUGGCCGUGUACCAAGGCACUCUAUUUUAACUAGAGAAACGUUUGAGAAUGAGUCACAUAGUACGAGUAGUUCUGGAGCCAAUAAGGAUCUCAGUCCAUAUGAGCAUGGGGAAUAUUAUGACAAGCUAUCAUUUGGACGAGGGCCUCGCUCUUCUUCAAUGGUGUCAGCAGAGGAGCAGUUGGAAGGUACAGCUGAUGUGCUUGAGGCUUUACGACCAAGACGUCAUCACAGAUUGAGACCUCCUCCUCGUCAUCUGCCAUUUCAGCUUAGUCAAGAAAGCGAUUUCCUAGGAGGACAGUCCAGUGCUACUUCACUUCCUCUCUCCCAAUCUACUAGUCAUUCUGCUGGUCACAAUCACUCUUAUCCUCAUGGUUUGUACAAGCCCAGUUCACCUACAUCAAGCAGUGAUAAUGCCAGUAUUUCGUCAUCUGUUCACCAUCGCCUUGGUUCAGGUCCCGCCAGUGAUGCAUCUUUUCCAUCUUCAAUAAACCUCAGUCAAUCAACGACUUCUAGUCGUAGCAGUUAUGUUUAUCGAUUGCCACGUCCAUCACUGUCCAACAGUAAUCCCGGUAGUACGACAAACAUUUUACCAUCACGUCACCAUUCGUUAUAUAAGGAAGAUUCUGUAUAUAACGGCAAGUCGUAUCACCAUCAGCCUAUGUCAUCAAAGAGGAAUUCACGUGGUUCAUCUGAAGAUUCUCGUAAUGUUUCACAUGUGUCUAGGAGAGAAGGCCAGAGACAAAGAUCAAAGCAGAAAGAUGACAAGGGUGAAAGAGAUUCCUUUUCAAUGAAACUCGAUGUGGUUAUGUCAAUGAUGUCUGCUCUUUCUACAUCAUCACAAUCGGAUGCUGAUGCUGUGAAGCUUUUACUUGCGCUCUCUCAAUCUAGCGAAACAUGCAGUGUCCUUAGACAGUCAACUUGUAUGAGCCAGUUGAUCAAAAUAAUUCACAACAAGGAUAUUCCUUCAAAGGAUCAGAAGGAAGUGAAGUCCAAAGGUCUUGAAGCUCUACGUAACAUAGUCGAAUCUAAUCCCAAUUCCAAAGUCCGCCAUUGUGAAAGAUCAGUCCUUAGCACACUCAAUAAGAUAAGGGCUCACUGUGAUCAGCUCUUUAAGUUUAUUCACACUGUCCAUUGUCAAGAACCUGUCACAGCAGAUGAAUUGGAGGUUCUUCAAAAGUCAUGCAAUAGUGUUCUGCUGUUUCUGAGAAAGUUACUCAAGUACUCAAGCUCAAGAGAACUUCAUCGUCCAGCAAUUCUAAAUCUAGGAGGGCUACAAACCAUAGCCGAUAUCCUCAUUUGUGAUCAUAACCUUCCUAAGAAACAGGAUAACAUCAUUGGCCAUUCAUCCGAAAUAAUAGCUGUGACCAUCACCAUUUUAAUCAAUUUAACUUAUGGAGAUGUCAACAAUAAGCUUGCCCUUUGCAGCAUUCCUGAUUUUCUGAAUGCGCUUAUGAGCCACUUCUACUCUUUCAAUGAACAAGUUAUGUCAAAGGGAGCACAAGUUAUUCGUAAUCUCUCCUGUAAGGCUACCCCUGAUAUCAAGGAAUGUUUAAUGAAAUGCCAAGCUGUAGUUGUCUUAAUGGAAGCUGUCGAACGAGCCAGCAGUGAAACCACAAUUCAGCACAUCACCAGUGCCCUCUGGAAUAUGUCGGCCCACUCUAUCGAUAAUCGUUACAGGAUAUGCAAAAAGCCACAUGGAGUCGAGACCCUUGUUCACCUUCUUUCAUUCAAUAGUCCCUCUGGCACCACUGUCAUUGUUGAAAAUGUUGGGGGAGUAUUGCGAAACCUCUCUAAUGUUAUAUCACAAGAGCAAGAGUAUCGCACAAGAUUUCGUGAAGCUGGUGGGCUGGAUAAAUUAGUACAACAUUUAAAGUCCAGAAACAAAGUUGUACUUGCCAAUGCUACUGGUAUUUUGUGGAAUCUAUCAGCACGAUGCCCAGAAAACCAAAGUCUGCUUUGGGAUUUAGGUUGCAUACCUCUAUUGGAUAUCCUACAAACAUCUCCUCAAAAGAAUAUAUCAGAGAACGCUCGUGGGGCUUUGCGUAAUCUACUUGCCUUUGGUCAAAGUCAAGGCUGGACAUCAAGAUCUGAUCUUUCCACGUCAUCUCAAGCUAAGAAAACACAGAAGACACACUCGAAAAGCACAAUGGCUUUAACGGGUGGACCAAAUGCAUCAAUUGAAAAUAUACGAUCUGGUCGUAGUAGUGCACCAUUUGGUUCAUCUGCUUCUAAACCAAAUUUUUCAGCCCACCAAUCUAGCAUUAGCUUGAGAGAUUCUUUAUACAAAAUGUCUUCGUCACGAGGAAGUAUAGAAAAACCACCAAGCAACAGUAUGAUGAAUUACAAAAGUGAUGAUUUCAUCAAUGGCCCAAGGUUUAGUCGUGUAUCUUCUGCUCCACAACCUAAUGAUGAUGAAUGGAUGAAUUAUCGUCCUGUUGCCAAACAAGAUGAUGUUACCAGUACUGACUAUCACCAUCGCUCACAAGCAAUGAGCCACACUGGUCCAUCUUCUCAGGUCCAUCCAUCAAUGCAUCACCAGCAACACAAGAAGCACAGUAGAGGUGGUCAUUCAGUGAAACUCUCCAAUGGGCACAAUUACUCUUACUCUCAGUCAGAGUCAUGUGAUUCAGAGUUUCAGUCAGUCAGUGGAGCUAGUCUUGGGUUGAGCCCUCAGCUGCCAACCGAAGAUGGGAUGAUGCGUAAUGCUGGUAACGUGGAAGUGGCUUAUGAUGAACUGGAUAUUGAGAUUGAUGAUCAAUUGGAAGAUGAAGUAUCUCACUGUCACUACAGAAAUCCAUCAGAGCCAGAUUCUGAAACCUCAGACCAUUCAAUUGCUGAUCAGUUCGUUCGUGAUAGAGAGAGUGUGAGACGCAUUGCAAGUCCCUCUAUUCCAUCUCCAUCCAAACUCUCUCCCAACAUAUAUCAACACAAGAUUCUGACAGCUGAUAUUGCUCGUGCUAGUGGAACAAGUGGUUUAGCAUUAGAUGGAACAACUCCAUCACAAGAUGGACUGGAACCUAUCUCCGAAGCUCAUGAUAUUGUAGUAGCACGAUCAGAUGUGUCCCGCUCUCACAGUAAUAGCAGUUCAUCUGGGGGAGCAGAAUAGGAGCUGAUGUCCAUUAAUUAUGUACAAUAAAAGAAACAUGUACAUAUAAUAGCAUGUUCAGUCAAUUAGUACUAAUUAUUUUUAAUGUGUGUUUUGUAUUGGUGUAUGACCUUUCUCACUUAUAUGUGAAAGUUCUUUCUGUUAAAAUUAAUAUUGUUAAAUGUAAUUUUGUAUCUUAAAUUUAAUUUCUGUACCACUUGCAAGCUAUUAAAUAUUUCUAAU